UCAUAGGAGGAAACAAGAUGUGCGUGCUCAUAAAAAAAUUGUACGAGGUGUGAGACGAAGUUUGUUCGCUAUGAAUAUCCUUCGAGAGAUUCGACCGAGUGCCUCUGCGCAAUCGAGGAGUGCAUCUUCUCCUGCGAGACAAUCACAGAGUCAAUCUUCUCUGGCGCGACACUCGAAGAGUCUGUCAUCGCGAGGGAGACAAGCGCAUAAUCCAUCCGUGAGAAAUCGAAAUUCAAUGAACAAUCCCGAAGAAAGUGAACCAAAUAGUCACGAGGAAGAAAUUAAUGAUUCCCAUGAUGUUCGGGCUCCUGAUCUUAAUGCACUUUCAUCGACACCCGUGACAACAAUGUAUGCGGCGGUUGAGAACACCGUGGCGAUAUUUGGGAAUGCGAACACUGUUGAACCGUUUGGCAUUGGAGGUCGCGAUCCAUGCUCCCUGGAGCAUGAGAUUCUUUCCAUUUUGGUGUCUCAAAGUUCCAGCGGUCGAUUCCUUCCAAACAAUGCGAGGAUAAUUAAUAAUAGUUUAUCCCUUGCAUCCUCGUGGUUGAAGCAACCGAGCGAUGGUGUUCAAGGAUUCCAGGGCCAACUUAGGGCUCAAGGUCCAAUCUUUCAUCGUGUCGGUGCAUUGGCUGUGAGGGAAGGCGGACGUCCUCAGUUUGCGCAACUAUACUUGCACGAUCCUCAAGAUUUGGACGAUGCAAUUGAUCAAAGGGUAGAUUUUCUUAACUUACCUGCACGUACACCCGAUGCCCUACUUGAUCAAGUAAAACACAUAUUGAGAAGGUUUCACGAAUUGCUACAACGAUGUAACAAUUACGUGAAGGACUUUAUGACGGUUGCUGAUCUUCCGCCGGAAGCGGUGAACGAGAGGAAGUUGGUCAUAAAUCUGGAUGUCAUGCCUAAUGGGGAACAUGCAAGGCAUUAUAACCGUCCUAUGGGUUUACAUGAGGUGUGUGUUCUGAUGGUUGRURAACUUCUUCCUCGUGAGCUCRAGAUUCGUUUGYGUGCUCCUCUUCCGGGGGAGCGGCAGAUGGUUGUGAUUCCGGAAUGUUCUCGAGCGCACGACUGCUUAAGAGCCGUGGAGGUGGGUGGACCCGCGGAACUCGUUGAACCCGCGGGGAAGGACGAACUGCGAAGGUGGGCGGAGCUGCGGAGAGGUCCACAUGACGAUCAGGAUUCGGAUCGGGAUUGGGAAGCUGACGCGGAGGCAGGCGGAGCGGCGAUCGGGAUCCGGAUCGGGAUUGGGAAGCGGCGAAGUGGCACUGCCAAGUGGCAGGGCCUGAAUGGUUGCGCAAGCAGAAGCGAAAGCGAAUUGGGAAGCGGAAGUAGGGGGGGGUGGAGGUCGGCGGAGAUUGGGAUUGGGAAGCGGAUCUGUAUUGGGAAGCGAAUCGGGAUUGGGAAGCCGCAUCGGGAUUGGGAAGCGGAUUGGGAAGCCGGAUCGGAAUUGGAAAGCGGAAGCGGAGGCGGGCGGAGGUCGGCGGAGGUCGGCGGAGACGAGCAGAGUAGGCGAACGCGGCCGGAGGUGGGCGGAGCUGGGCGAAGGUUGGGAGAGAGGAUCGGGAUCCGGAUCCGGAUCGGGAUUGGGAAGCGGAAGCGGAGGCGAGCGGAGGUCGGCGGAGAACUAGGGAGAAGCGGGGAGAAAGGCGGGCGGAGCGGCGAUCUGGACCCGGAUCGGGAUUGGGAAGCGGCGCAGCGGCGCUGCCACUUGGCAGGGCCUUCAUGGGGGCACACGAGGAAGUGGAAACGGAUUGAGAAGCGGAAGCAGGGGUGGCCGGAGGUUGGCGGCAGUAGGCGAAGACGGGCGGAGGUAGACGGAGGUACGCGCUGCCACGUGCCAGGUCCACGUGGCGAUCGGGAUCCGGCGCUGUGGCGUGGCGAUCCGGAUCCGGAACCUAGGCGAAAUUAUCGUAGGGAGUUUGCACUACAUCAUGGGGAGAAGCGCGGAGAAGUGGGGAGAGGCGGGGAGAAGUGGGGAGAGGCGGGGAGAAGUGCGGAGAAGCGGGGAGAAGUGGUGAGAAGCGGGGAGAAGUGGGGAAAAGCAGGGAGAAGUGGGGAGAAACGAGCAGAAGUGGGGAGAAGCGGGCAGAAGUGGAAAGGAGAAGAAUAAAAGAAUGUGGAAGAAACAAGAAGAAGAAGAAGAAGAAGAAGAAGCAGAAGAAGAAGAAAAGAAUGUGGAAGAAAAG